AUGCCAUUAGCUCGUUUCAAUCUAACAAGUGUUCUUGCAUAUGUUAUUAUUGGAUUAAGUUUGAGUGCACUUCUUUUUGCUAUAAUUUCUUUAACAACAACACAUUGGAUUCAUACAAUACGAUUACGAGCUGGACUCUGGCAACUUUGUCAUUUACAACCAUUAACAUGUUUUAUUUCAAUAGUACGUUCACCUGCUGCUUUAUCAUUAACAGGAUUUUUUUUAAUUAUUAUUGGUUUAAUAUCAACUUUUAUUUUUAAUAUUAUUAAUUGGCAUUUACCAUCAUCAAUUCGAUUUAUUUCAUUAAUAUCUGUUUGUUCAUUAGGACUUGGCGGAUUUUUUUUUGCUAUGAGUUGUGUUGCAUUUUCUCAUAUCGCUGCACAAUUUUGUUACUCGUAUUAUUUAAUGAUUGUUGGUCAAUUACUUGCAAUGUGCGCAGCGAUCGUAGCAAGUUAUUUAGAAGGACGACGAAGUGCAUUAGUAUCUACAACAGGAAUUAUGACUCGAUUGGCCGUGCGUAGACCUUAA